UCCUUCUCGGCGUUUCUGCGGAGGGAUCUCGCCGGGGCGGCGGCUCGCCGUCGGACUAUAUAAGCGGGCGCCGGGCGCGGCGCAGCCAGUUCCGUCGGAGCCGGAGUUCGGUCGCCUUCAGCCUGCGUACAGCUGCUGCCGCCGCCCGCCGCCGCCGCCGCCGCCUGACAAUGCAGAUCUUCGUGAAAACCUUAACUGGCAAGACCAUCACCCUCGAGGUGGAGCCCAGUGACACCAUCGAGAAUGUCAAGGCGAAGAUCCAGGACAAGGAGGGCAUCCCCCCCGACCAGCAGAGGCUGAUCUUUGCCGGCAAGCAGCUGGAAGAUGGCCGCACCCUGUCCGACUACAACAUCCAGAAGGAGUCCACCCUGCACCUGGUGCUGCGCCUCAGAGGUGGCAUGCAGAUCUUCGUGAAGACCCUGACCGGCAAGACCAUCACCCUCGAGGUGGAGCCCAGUGACACCAUCGAGAAUGUCAAGGCGAAGAUCCAGGACAAGGAGGGCAUCCCCGACCAGCAGAGGCUGAUCUUUGCCGGCAAGCAGCUGGAAGACGGCCGCACCUUGUCCGACUACAACAUCCAGAAGGAGUCCACCCUGCACCUGGUGCUGCGCCUCAGAGGUGGCAUGCAGAUCUUCGUGAAGACCCUGACCGGCAAGACCAUCACCCUCGAGGUGGAGCCCAGUGACACCAUCGAGAAUGUCAAGGCGAAGAUCCAGGACAAGGAGGGCAUCCCCCCCGACCAGCAGAGGCUGAUCUUUGCCGGCAAGCAGCUGGAAGACGGCCGCACCUUGUCCGACUACAACAUCCAGAAGGAGUCCACCCUGCACCUGGUGCUGCGCCUCAGAGGUGGCAUGCAGAUCUUCGUGAAGACCCUGACCGGCAAGACCAUCACCCUCGAGGUGGAGCCCAGUGACACCAUCGAGAAUGUCAAGGCGAAGAUCCAGGACAAGGAGGGCAUCCCCCCCGACCAGCAGAGGCUGAUCUUUGCCGGCAAGCAGCUGGAAGACGGCCGCACCCUGUCCGACUACAACAUCCAGAAGGAGUCCACCCUGCACCUGGUGCUGCGCCUCAGAGGUGGCAUGCAGAUCUUCGUGAAGACCCUGACCGGCAAGACCAUCACCCUCGAGGUGGAGCCCAGUGACACCAUCGAGAAUGUCAAGGCGAAGAUCCAGGACAAGGAGGGCAUCCCCCCCGACCAGCAGAGGCUGAUUGCCGGCAAGCAGCUGGAAGAUGGCCGCACCCUGUCCGACUACAACAUCCAGAAGGAGUCCACCCUGCACCUGGUGCUGCGCCUCAGAGGUGGCAUGCAGAUCUUCGUGAAGACUCUGACCGGCAAGACCAUCACCCUCGAGGUGGAGCCCAGUGACACCAUCGAGAAUGUCAAGGCGAAGAUCCAGGACAAGGAGGGCAUCCCCCCCGACCAGCAGAGGCUGAUCUUUGCCGGCAAGCAGCUGGAAGACGGCCGCACCCUGUCCGACUACAACAUCCAGAAGGAGUCCACCCUGCACCUGGUGCUGCGCCUCAGAGGUGGCAUGCAGAUCUUCGUGAAGACCCACGGCAAGACCAUCACCCUCGAGGUGGAGCCCAGUGACACCAUCGAGAAUGUCAAGGCGAAGAUCCAGGACAAGGAGGGCAUCCCCCCCGACCAGCAGAGGCUGAUCUUUGCCGGCAAGCAGCUGGAAGACGGCCGCACCCUGUCCGACUACAACAUCCAGAAGGAGUCCACCCUGCACCUGGUGCUGCGCCUCAGAGGUGGCAUGCAGAUCUUCGUGAAGACCCUGACCGGCAAGACCAUCACCCUCGAGGUGGAGCCCAGUGACACCAUCGAGAAUGUCAAGGCGAAGAUCCAGGACAAGGAGGGCAUCCCCCCUGACCAGCAGAGGCUGAUCUUUGCCGGCAAGCAGCUGGAAGAUGGCCGCACCCUGUCCGACUACAACAUCCAGAAGGAGUCCACCCUGCACUUGGUCCUGCGUCUGAGGGGAGGUGUCUAAGUUCCCUCUCAAGCUUUAACAAAUUUCAUUGCACUUUUCUUUCAAUAAAGUUCUUGCAUUCCAAGUA